UCUCCAUUGUAGCUAGUAACAUUAAAAAAAGAAUAUAUAGGUUAGGUCCAGUAAUGUUUAGGUGUAUACUGUUUUUAUUGUAUAAAUUAAAAUAGAUCAUAGGUGAUUCAGGAUUAAUCGGAAAAUAUGCAAAAUGAUGUUAAUCAAUUUCGUUGGUUUGUUUCUACUAGGAGUUCAUGGAACUGAUGUUCUUCCUGAACCAGAACGAAUAAUGGAAAGUGAAGCAAAUACUGUCCAUAAUGUUAAGCCUGCAGAUAUCUUUAGUCCAAAUAGCACGGUUCCCUCCGCAAACACGACUACCACAAAUAAUACCAAUAAGGUUGUAAAUUGCCAAACUGGAUUGAAUGGAUCUGCAGUGCAAUUAGUGAAUGAUACAGAACUAAUAAAACUCUUGGUGCCUGAUCCAAAAUUAUCAUCCGAUCGGGAUGCCUGGGCUCCAUGUAUUGCUGUGUUGUUUUACUCCAAAAAUUGCCCUUUCUCCAGCAUGGCUGCUCCACAUUUUAAUGCUCUGCCCAGAGCUUUUCCAGAUGUCAGAAUGGUCGCCAUCAAUGCUAUGCGCUAUCAUUUAUUUAACACCCAGAAUGGAAUUGUCGGGGUUCCAACCCUACUUCUUUUUCACAAUGGCAAGUCUGUAGGAAGAUACAACUCAUCAGAAUAUACCUUAGAUUCAUUCUCCAAAUACAUUACCCUGCACACCGGUAUCGAACCUAUCACAAAUGUGGCGGUAACGUCGGCAGACUUCUCUGGACCCGUUGUCAGCUCACCAUCUAAAGAAUCUGACAUGUUUUGCCUGUUAUCCUGGCUGUUUAUCAUUACAUGUUCUGGAUACUAUUUUACGAAGUCCCAAUGGUGGAUUUGGAUUGUUGAGACUAUUCAGCGGAACUGGAGAGACUCGGAGGUACACGCUCAGCAACAUGAACAUGAAGAUUAAUUUUGAUUUUUUAAAGUUAAAUGGUGAUUAUAUGUUACUACCAAA